UGCAAAAAUAUAGGCUCUUGAUUAUCUGUUUGCAAUCCUUUUGCAUUAUCUGUACCACUUGACAGAUGUGUGACGUUCUGACGUUUCGUGUCGGAUUUGUGAAAGAGGUGGAUCGCCAGUGUUUUUUGUUCGACACGAAGAUAAAAACACUCAAUUAAAAUAUCACAUAUCGUGUAAUUAAAUCAAUGCAAUUGUGUUCACAGUUUUGAUUAUGAAACCUUUAAUAGAUUUCGAUGAGUGCCUCAGAGAUUCGCCAAAAUUUCGAGAACAGCUGGAAACGGAGGAGGCGAGUAUCGACGGCUUGGAGUUGAAGCUGGAUAAAAUCCUCAAGGCAUGUUCGCUUAUGAUAGACUCAGGAAAAACAUACAUGACUCAUCGAGGUGCUUUCACAAAUGCACUUUGGGACCUGAGCGGUUACUUCUCGGAGGACCCCACGGUGAUAGCCACGCUGAACCGGAUGAUCCAUGCACUGCAGGAAAUGAACAAGUUCCACUCCAUACUCCUGGACCAGGCCUCCAGGACUGUACUCAAGAAUCUCACAGCUUUUAUUAAAGUAGAUAUUAAGGGUGUGAAGGAGAGCAAGCACCAUUUCGACAAAAUCUCAAAUGAUCUGGAUCUAGCUUUAAAUAGGAACUCACAGGUGUCAAGACACAAACCGACCGACGUGGAGGAGGCGGUGAAUCUCUUACUGGCCACGCGCUCCUGCUUCCGUCACACGGCGCUCGACCAUGUCCAGAAAAUCACCAUGCUACAGGCACGGAAGCGGCAUGAGAUAUUGGCCACUUUCCUGUCGUACAUGCAGGCGUGCUGCACGUACUACCACCAGGGCGCCGACUUGUCCGAGGAUCUCGAACCUUUCCUCAAGUCUACCGCUGACGAGGUGUCAACAAUGCGUAACGACACUAAAAUAUUGGACAAGGAGAUGGAAAACCGGCACACAAUUGUAAAUAGUAAGGACAGUGUGUUACCAAGCUGCAAGCCCCCCGAUGGGAACUGUAAAGAUGGACUGCUUAGUACCCCUUGCUUGAAAAGCUUGCCCAAAAUGCAAGGAUAUCUUUUCAAAAGGACUUCAAACGCGUUUAAGACAUGGAAUAGACGCUGGUUCUACUUAUAUGACAACCGAUUAGUCUACAGGAAAAGGACAGGAGAGCUGAAUGUGACAGUGAUGGAAGAGGACCUACGAUUGUGCACGGUGAAGCCGGUACUCGACGGCGAGCGUCGGUUCUGCUUCGAAGUGCUUUCACCCUCCAAGAGCCACAUGCUACAAGCGGAUUCCGAAGAGAUGCUCGCGUCCUGGAUCGCGGCUUUACAACACGGGAUCCGGUCUGCCAUACAACAAGGUCGCAGCCGCGAUGACUCUAGAGUCCAGCACGACGCACCUUUGGAAUCCAUCCGCGACGACUCGAGAGUCCAGCACGACGCACCUUCUUUGGAAUCCAUGCCUCCUGGCAUGAGGAAGAUCAGGAUAUGGGAACAACUGCUGAAUAUUCCCGGCAAUAACUUCUGUUGCGACUGCGGCGGCCCCAACCCGCGCUGGGCCAGCAUCAACCUCGGCAUCACGCUUUGUAUAGAAUGUUCGGGCAUACAUCGAUCUCUUGGAGUACAUGUCAGCAAAGUAAGAUCUCUUACACUCGAUGAUUGGGAACCUGAAAUCAUUAAGGUUAUGGCAGAACUGGGCAACAAAGUAGUGAAUCUAAUCUAUGAAGCUAACACAGACGGGACUUCUGUCCCCAGAGCAACGCCGGAUUGUGAAACCGCGGUGCGCGAAGCCUGGAUCCGCGCGAAGUACGUGUCGCUGUGGUUCGUGAAGGACAUCACGGCGGCGCGGCUGGACGCGGCCGCGAGCGAGCCGGCGCCGCGCCGCUGCCGCAGCCGCUGGUCCGUGCGCCGCGCCCGCCGCAGAGUCCGUGCUCCACCAGCAGUCCCUGAAACCAUACCUGAUGAAAAAAGUGACGCGAACAGCAACACCAGCGAGAGUUCAACGAAGUCCGGCUCGGGCGAAAACAGCCCGGUGCUCCUCAUUGGGUCAGAGUUGGCCAGUGAGCGGCAGGUUAAUCUCACCCUCAGCCUGCCCUCCGACCACGAUUCUACCGAGGGCGAGGAUGAAGACGACCUGGAAGCGGAGGAGAUCUCGUCGCUGUCGGCGCAGGCGGUGCUGUGGCGGGCGGCGCGCGCGCACAACGUGCCGGUGAUGCGCGCCGCGCUGGCCGCGCGCGCCGGCGUGGACGUGCCCGGCGCGCGGGCGCGCGUGCCGCUGCACAACGCCGUGCUCAGUGGUUCCGUGAUGGCGUGCUCGUUCCUGCUGCUAAACGGUAGCAAGCUAAACCCGCAAGAUGAGGAUGGCAAGACACCGCUCCACCUCGCCACCGAGGCCGGACACACCGCCCAGGUUGUCCUUUUAUUGCGGUACCGAGCAGAUCAGUCAAUAGCGGACCACGAAUCACAGACGCCGCUGGACAUCGCCGUCAGUCACGCUAACGCCGACAUCGUCACCUUGUUACGGCUAACAAAGCUGAACGAGGAAAUGCGCGAGUCCGAGAUGUCGUCUAACGAUGACACGUACAACGAGGUGUUCCGCGACUAUACCCAGCUCGCUCACUCGCACCCGGAGCGGCUAGUGCGAGCGAGACACAACAACAACGAGGGAGAACAGCCUAGCGAAUGACGCAGCGGUGCCGCGCGGCGGCGUUGGCUGUGGUAACGACUGAACGGACCGGGCUUCGAUUCCAGCGCCCGUUUUAAGGUUGGGCUACACCCUCCUAAGACCCAAGGUCCU